UCAUGACGGGGCAGAGGACUGCAGUAAUUAUCCUUCUCUGCUAAUAAGAACCAGGCCGUGGUUCAUUCGAACCCCGCCCCAGCAGUAAUCUAAUUCCAACCGCGGGCCCCUGAUAAGUCGGUCUCCUCCUUCGCGCCUCAGCCUCUCUGGACUCCAGCCCCCAGAAGGCGGCGCGGCGCGGCGUGAUUGCGCAGUGGCGUCCGUUGUAAGUGCUAUGACAACAGGGCGAAGAUGGCUCAGAGUUAGUCUGGAGAGGGGAGGUGUCCCUUCCGCUGCGGCCGUCGGGUUUCUGCUACAUCCCAUUCGCCAACUCCUCCAUCCUUUCCUCCUCGGUGUGAGCAGCAGGACUUGCAUUUGUUCUUGCCUGCCUAGUGUCUUCCAAGGGAUAGAUGCCGUUUCCUCUGCUGGUCUCUGGGGGGUGACGGGGGGCGCAGGGGAGCUUCUUGGGGGAAUCACUCCAACUCUGUGGAGCUGGUGGUGCUGCCUGGUGGGGCUCUCUUUGCCCGGGACGUGGAACAACUUUCAGCUGGAGGACGAGAGGGAAUAGUAAAGCUAAAGGUUGCUUUUCUUUGCACCCUCCGUUCUUGCUCCCUCUGCUCCAUCACUGGGACCUUGUCAGGCGUUCAUAAAGGAAAAUUUGCGGAACGAGGGUUCGCAGAAAGGUGAGACAGAGCUCAUCUGACGUGGCAUCAGUGUGAAAGAAAAUGUCUUUAUUUAAAGCCCGUGACUGGUGGUCUACUAUUCUGGGAGAUAAAGAAGAAUUUGAUCAAGGCUGUUUGUGUCUGGCUAAUGUUGACAAUAGUGGAAAUGGACAAGAUAAAAUAAUUGUGGGUAGCUUUAUGGGAUACCUAAGGAUCUUUAGCCCCCAUCCUACAAAAACAGGAGAUGGAGCUCAAGCUGAAGAUUUGCUUCUAGAAGUGGAUCUACGAGAUCCAGUACUUCAAGUGGAAGUAGGAAAGUUUGUUUCAGGUACUGAAAUGCUACAUUUGGCUGUGUUACAUUCUAGAAAACUUUGUGUCUACUCUGUCUCAGGAACUUUGGGUAAUGUGGAACAUGGGAACCAAUAUCAGAUGAAAUUGAUGUAUGAACAUAAUCUUCAGAGAACAGCUUGCAAUAUGACCUAUGGAUCAUUUGGUGGUAUAAAAGGUCGAGAUUUAAUUUGCAUCCAGUCUAUGGAUGGGAUGCUGAUGGUAUUUGAGCAGGAGAGCUAUGCUUUUGGAAGAUUUCUCCCUGGCUUUCUUCUGCCUGGUCCUCUUGCCUACAGUUCCCGUACAGAUUCCUUCAUUACUGUCUCUUCCUGCCGACAAGUGGAAAGUUAUAAGUACCAAGUACUUGCUUUUGCAACAGAUGCAGAUAAAAGGCAGGAGACUGAACAGCAAAAACUUGGUUCUGGAAAAAGACUAGUUGUGGAUUGGACUCUAAAUAUUGGAGAGCAAGCCCUUGAUAUAUGUAUUGUCUCUUUCAAUCAGUCGGCAUCCUCUGUUUUUGUUCUUGGUGAGAGAAACUUUUUUUGCCUUAAGGAUAAUGGACAAAUUCGGUUCAUGAAGAAGCUUGACUGGAGCCCAAGUUGUUUUCUGCCAUAUUGCUCAGUUUCUGAAGGAACAAUAAAUACUUUGAUUGCAAACCAUAAUAACAUGUUGCAUAUUUAUCAAGAUGUGACACUGAAGUGGGCCACCCAACUUCCCCACAUUCCUGUAGCAGUAAGAGUGGGCUGUUUGCAUGAUUUAAAGGGAGUGAUAGUCACUCUGAGUGAUGAUGGUCACUUGCAGUGUUCAUACCUGGGGACAGAUCCUUCUCUGUUCCAAGCUCCAAAUGUUGAAUCUCGAGAACUAAACUAUGAUGAACUUGAUGUAGAAAUGAAAGAACUUCAGAAGAUCAUUAAAGAUGUUAACAAAUCACAAGGUGUUUGGCCCAUGACUGAGAAAGAAGAUGACUUGAACAUUUCUGUCGUGGUUUCUCCUAACUUUGAUUCAGUUUCUCAAGCGACUGAUGCUGAGAUGGGAACCGACCUUGCCCCUUCUGUCACAGUGAAGGUCACACUGCAGAAUAGAGUGAUAUUGCAAAAAGCCAAAUUAUCAGUGUAUGUGCAACCACCAUUAGAAUUGACUUGUGAUCAGUUCACCUUUGAAUUUAUGACACCAGAUUUGACUAGAACAGUAAGCUUUUCUGUUUAUCUGAAAAGAAGUUAUACACCAUCAGAAUUGGAAGGAAAUGCUGUUGUUUCUUAUUCCAGACCAACAGGCAUCCCUCGAGUUAUCCAAUGUAAAUUUAGACUUCCCCUAAAGUUAAUUUGCCUACCAGGUCAGCCUUCAAAAACUGCAAGCCACAAAAUUACUAUUGAUACCAACAAAUCUCCAGUCAGUCUUCUUAGUCUCUUCCCAGGUUUUGCCAGUCAAUCAGAUGAUGAUCAGGUGAAUGUAAUGGGUUUUCACUUCUUAGGAGGUGCCCGAGUUACUCUUCUUGCUUCUAAAACUUCUCAACGAUAUCGCAUUCAGAGUGAACAAUUUGAAGAUCUUUGGCUCAUAACCAAUGAGCUUAUUCUUCGCCUUCAAGAAUAUUUUGAAAAACAGGGAGUCAAAGAUUUUGCAUGUUCUUUUUCUGGAUCUAUGCCCCUUCAAGAAUAUUUUGAGUUGAUUGAUCAUCAUUUUGAGCUACGGAUAAAUGGUGAAAAAUUAGAAGAACUCUUAUCUGAGAGAGCUGUACAAUUUCGGGCCAUUCAACGCCGGCUAUUAGCAAGAUUCAAAGAUAAAACCCCCGCCCCUCUUCAACACCUGGACACCUUGUUAGAUGGAACCUACAAGCAGGUAAUCGCUCUAGCAGAUGCAGUGGAGGAAAACCAAGGCAAUCUGUUCCAGUCAUUCACCAGGCUGAAGAGUGCCACCCAUUUGGUGAUUCUGCUGAUCGGGCUGUGGCAGAAGCUUAGUGCUGACCAGGUUGCGAUUCUGGAAGCGGCAUUUCUGCCGCUACAAGAAGACACUCAAGAAUUGGGCUGGGAAGAAACGGUGGAUGCUGCCAUUUCCCACCUGUUGAAGACUUGCCUGUCGAAGAGUUCGAAGGAGCAGGCUUUGAACCUCAACAGCCAGCUGAACAUACCCAAAGACACAAGCCAACUGAAGAAACGUAUCACCUUGCUCUGCGAUAGAUUAGCCAAAGGUGGCCGUCUCUGCCUAAGUACCGAUGCAGCAGCCCCACAGACCAUGGUCAUGCCAGGUGGUUGUACUACAAUCCCAGAGUCAGACCUUGAAGAAAGAUCGGUAGAACAAGACUCUACAGAACUGUUUACCAACCACAGACAUCUCACUGCAGAGACACCCAGGCCUGUCAUGCCUUAGUGAUUUCAUUCAGUCUUGAGACCUUCUACCGCGUCAGGACACAGGGAUCCUCCCUUCUGGAGGACACAGCAACAAGAUGCCAUCUUGGAAGCAGACAGCAGCCUGUACCAGACAACCAGACCUCCUGGCACUGUGAUCUUAAACUUCCCAGCCAACAGACUGUGCGGAAAUAAAUUUCUGUUCUUUAUGAAUUACCCAGUCUCAAGUGUUUUGUUAUGGCAGCAUAAAACAUACUAAGACAGAAAUUUGACUAAGACAGAGCUAUGCCCACAGCUCUCAAAUCUAGAUAUUCUAGCCUACAUACCCCUCCAAACUCAAAGCAUGCAUACCUAACUAUCUUUUCAACAUUUCUAUUUGUGUACCUAAUUUGUGUACUUCAAAUUCAAAAUGUCCAAGGGACAUGGAUGGAGCUGGAAGCCCUUGUCCUCAGCAAACUAACACAGAAACAGAAAAA